ACAGAGGUCUAUUCGAAAGGAGAGGAAAAAAUGCAGGAGAGAGAGACUGAAGGAGAUAGAUUGAGAGAGCGCUUGACUAGUCACUCCAUUGCAGUCUCAAAGAGCAAAAUUGGGAAAGCUCUUGCAGCCUAUGCAAGGGGAAUAUUAUGGUUAAGGGAAUUGAAUGGGCCUUUUGAAACGAAUGGGCUUUAAAUGAGAGAUAUUGCCUAUUUCAAAUCAUAAUUUUGCAGGAAUGGUGGCAUUAAACCUCAUUAGGGUAGUACAAUUAAGACUAAUUACUGCCUAUUAACUAAUGUAGCAGUUCUGGGUUAAUUUCCCUAGUUAAGUGUCGGCAAUCGACAAUUAUAUAAGUGGUAAUUUCCAUAAUGAAGAAGACAUACCCUUAUCUUAUAAUUUUUAAAUGUAUAUGAGUCUUUCGUUGUCUUCCCUCACCUUUCUCCCCCCCCCACCCUUAAGAAUAAUAAGCAAAAUCACGCCCCUUCGCACCCUCGACUUGCACGAGCGGUCGCGCGUCUCUCACUCGCCCCUCCGUUUUGAGAUUUGCGCCCUACAGACUGCAAAAGAGUGCAAGUCGUCUUGACAGAGGAACGGGAGAGGGGCAGAAAGAAAAGGGGGUGGGGAAGAAUCAAACGUACGCAUCAAUUUGUACAGUCCUCAGCUGCACCCCGUUUUCUGCGCCGAUUUCAAGGGGGAGCGGCUGGAGAGCGAGAAAACACUGCGAUGUUUGCCAAGCCGCAACAAUGUAAAUCUUUCCGUGCAUCGCGUACCCUGUAUGUCUGAGCGCGUGUAGGUCAAUGUACAGUACAAACGGGGAGAGAGAGAGAGAAAGAAAGGGAGAUACGCAUCGCUGGAUAAUAUAGGAUACAACGUUUCAGUGCAAUGGUAGGAAGCCUGUAGGCUUACUAUACCAAUUGUGGUCACGUUCCAGCUUUCUGUAAUGGCUGACUGGAAGGAAUGGACCACAUAGAGAGCUAGUUAUGAAGACCCGAACCCACAAAGAAUCGAUGCCAGCGCGUAGUGGACGCAGGAGGGGAGGCAGUGAGGAGAGAAGGGGUAGACGUCCACACCCCAGUCCCUCUCGAGCAGAACGCAAUGAAAGGCAAACACAAAGAACUGCUGGAGAGGAAUUGGCUGCUGGGCAUUUCAACCGUCGAUCUCAAGGCCAUGAUUCAUCAGAAAGUGAAGGAGAGGAUCUGGUGCCCCCGCCCAAAAGACAAAAAGUCCAGGACUCCUCCUCCAAUCCCCCAGCCCCACCCCUUUCAACUAACACUCCAACUUCAGCCCCGCCCCCAACUUCAGGCAACACUCAGUCAAGGGAGAGUGACAAUGAGGAUGGCCAAUCACAAGGCAGCAGAAGCUCAGCUGGAGGCAGUUUAGCCAAUAGUAGCAGCAGCAUAAGCAGUGGACGGGACAUUGACCAGGACAAUCGAUCCUCUUCUCCGAGUCUCUCUGCUUCUCCAUUAGCCAGUUUAGAUUCUGAAUCAGACUCUCCAGAUUCCCCAAAGCAGAGUGAUAAAAACAAAGAUGGAGGGGCAUCAAAGUGUGUGCCAGAGGAUCGGAGAGGAUCAGGGAGGGGUGAGGAUGGCAGUGCCGUGGAUCAGAGAGACAGUGAAGGAGCAGUAGAGGGAGAUAUGUCUCCUCUAAAGUCCCCAUCAUCGCUUUAUCCAUCUCAUCGUGGAAUGGUUGACACUGUAAGUGAUACAAGUAGCAACAGAAAGUCAUACUUUGCCCUAGAUUCUAAACUUGCAAGUAAAUUGGAAUACACAGGGCCUGGUGGUACUGAGACGUUGCACACCUGCAGCCGCAUCUCUUCAAAAGGAGGCUCUCAUUCUGGGAAACCUGGUGUGGGAGGGGUCGAGUAUUCCCAUGGGAAUUCAAAUGUGAGUCAUGCUCCAACACUCCCACCUCCACCUGCUCUGAAACCUCUAGAGGUGGGGCAGAAUGCUCCAGGUGGGGAAAGUAAAACAGACAAACCAGAGAAAGGUGAUAAGUCUGCUCCACCCUCUUUGCUUCCACAAGCUACUUCUGUUCCCCAGCAACCUCCACCUCCCAGCACUCACCAUUACACCCCCACCAGCUGGUCAGGGGGACCUCCUAGCAACUGGGGAUAUGUACGAUAUCCAGGUAACCACCACCACACACAUCCAAAUCAGCAGCCCCCGGUUCAGCAACAGCUUCCCUCAGUCUACAAUUCUCCUUCAUCCACAAGGCACACCUCCCACCCACCCUACCUGCCUCACUCUCAUUCCCACCCACAUAAAGACUACCUGCCUAGGUAUGGCACCACACCUGAUCGGGAAAGGGGUGGGAGGGAAUUUGGAAACAGAGACUUUACUGCUAAUAAUACCAGUGCCAAUGCAAACAGCAACAGUGGUAGCAACUGUGGUAGCACUUCUGGUGGUGGGGGAACGAACUCUAAUGCUGGCCGGGAUUUUGGGAACCCAUUACCUGGACAGAACAGAGAAUGUGGCCCACAGGGAUCAAAUCGAGAUGGGCCCACUGGACCACCAGGUGGUCGGGAAUAUGUACCUGGUUUCAGAGAUCGUGAACGGGGGAGAGAGUUUCCUUCGCAAAACCAGCAGCUUCAAGCUCAGGGCAGAGAGUUUGGACCUGAAAGCACAGGAGUUGGAGGAUCUUUUUCAAGAGACAAAGAUGGCAGGUGGGGAGAGUUAGCAGGUCAGGUUAGAGAGGCAGGAAGUAGCAGUUAUCCUGGCAAUGCCAACCAAACACCUGUUGGUGCCCCAUCUUCUGGUUUAGCCUCAACAACAGUGAAUCGUGACCCAGCCGGUUCACCACAGAACAACUCGGGGCAUCCUCCUUUUUCCUCUGCAAAUACGAACCCUCCUAGUAGAGACUAUGCCCCUCCUAUGGAUUCAAAUGUACAGCAGACACUGCAAGGACAGACUACCCAAGCAUCUUCCAAUGCUGCAGACAUCCCUCCUCCUCCACACUAUUUGAGAGAAUACCCCCCUGCAGGGGGAAAGGACUACCCAACACUUGGAGUAACCUCGUCCUCUAUUCCACAUUCUGGUGUUGCCAGGGAUUAUCCAAGUCCACCUGGAUUGGCCCCAAACCUACCACGAGAAUAUCCUGGAGCACCUCCACAUCACAGCCACUAUCCUGGCCAGACGACCCUGCCUAUCCCACACAGAGACAGAGAGAGAGAAAAAGAAAACACUGCAUCCUCUACUCAUUCAAAUCGCAGUCACCCACCAUCUCUUUCUCCUUCAUCAAGUGGCUCUGGACAUGGACAUUCCACUUCAACUUCUUACCCUCCUCCACCACCUCCUCCCCCUACUAGUUCACUAGGUCCACCACCACCCAUCACAUCUAUUCCUGGUAGUCAUGCUCGACAGGCAACAUAUCCGUCACCUAAUCAAACUCCACCAACCCCACUGUCUCCUCUUCCCAGCCCCUCAACAAAUCAGAUGGGAGGGUUUACUCCUUUCCCAUCCACCUCUGGUCCCGCUGUACAACUUCCUGCAUCAGGUGUCCCCACAUCCUGCCCAUCAAGUUGCAAACCUACUUCUUACCACAGCACUUUAAGCAGUCAUACCCCUUUCAGUAGCUCUUACCAUGGCAACAAUAACCAUGGAAAUGCUUUGGCAACUAACAAUGCUCCCAACAACAGCAAUAGCACUCCCAACAACACUCAAUCACAAUUGCACUCUCCUCAAAAUUCUAAAGUAUCACCCCAUCUCAGUAACACAGGCCAUAACAACACUGGUCCGACUCCCAGCACAUCUGAUUCAUCCUCUGGUAUUGUGCCAGCACCUGUCAUAAAGGAGGAGCCAGCAGAAGAGAGAGAAGAGUUGGAGAGCCCACCUAUAGUUCUCAGAAGCCCAUCCCCAGAACCAAAACCUGUUGACAUUCCAAUCCAUGCCAGCCAAUCAGCUCGGUUCCACAGGGUUCUUGACCGGGGCAGUGGGAACUCUUGUGCACGCAGUGAUGUACUUUUUGUCCCACUUGAUGGCUCUAAGCUUUGGAAGAAGAGGAACGAGGCCAUAGAACGUGCUCGUAGAGAGGUAGAACAGCGUGCAAGAGACCUGCGAGAGAAAGAGAGGGAACGAGAGAGAGAAAAGGAGAGAGAAAGAGAUCUGGACAGACAUCUGCAGCAAAAGGAGAGUGGCACCAAUGCAGGGUUAGGAGCUGCAGGCACACGCCAAGGCUCUUCACUCUUCUUUCCUUCCUCUUCAUCAAUCCUUCUAGACCCUUCAUCAUCUUCCUCUUCUUCUGUUAACUCCCCACAUCCCACUGCUCAUCCACAGCACCAGCACCACCACCCUCACUCCCAUCCUCACUCCCUUCACCACUCUCAUCCUCUGCAUCCAUCUCUCUCUCAUUCUAUACCUCAUUCCCUUCUCAUCCCUUCCAUGACAGGGGGAUCUGGAGUUGUUGGAUGCCCUCAAGGUGCUCUGGGAAUCGGGCUUGGGGGUCCAUAUUUGGGCCCCGAUACCCCAGCCUUGAGAACCCUGAGUGAAUAUGCCCGUCCCCAUGCCAUGUCUCCGUUGGGCACUGCCAAUCGAGCGCAGGCACAUCACCCCCACCUCCACCACCACCCUCACCCACAUGCUCAUCCCCAUAUGCACCCUUCAUUUUUUCUGUCCCAAUUCCAAAACCCAGCCCUUGCGCACCCCCACCACCUUCCACCCGAUGCCGCCACAGCGGCUGCCAUUCUUGGCUUUUUGUAUGGGGGUGGGCUGGAGGGAGGCCAUACCCAUCCAGGGCCUGGUCCUGGUGGGUUGACUGGGGCGGGGCUUGGAGGAGUGGGAUUCCCUCAUGCUGUAGCAGCUCAUAGAGACCGCAUGAAGCCCGGAUUUGAGUUUAAGAGUGAGGAGCGUGUCUACACAGCUGGAGUUUUAGCCGACCCGGCACUGGCUUUGUCACACACGCACUCACACGCACACUCACACUCCCUGCUGCUGGGGGGUGGGACUGGAGGCGGGGCAUCUGGAAGUGAGGUAGCUCUUUACGGUGCAACUCCACCCCCUGCCCCACCCCCUCAAGCUUUAGCCACAGCGACUAGGAAUCCCAAUCCUGCCCCUCAGCCACUGUCAGUCCCACCAACCUCUUCUAUUCUCCCAGCUUCACUUCCCACCCAUCAGGUUCCUACCGGAGCUUCGGUGACACCAGCAGCCCCUGCUGCUCCCCCUCAACCUCCUCCCCCACCUCCUCCACCUCCAACAGCAUCAUCUCUUCAUCACCCUUCUCCACACUCCACAUUUCCAAAUACACACCCUUCUUGUCAACCCCCACCCCUCCCAACUCAGGCCCCUCCCUCUGAACGAUAUCCCACCCCUGUCCGCACUCCUCCCAGCACAGAGCGUGCCAGGAGCGUGGAGAGGGAGAGAGUAAUACCAGCCACAGAGAGGGAGCGAGAGAGGGAGAGAGAAAGGACAGGGACAGGUGGAGGAGGAUCAGGAGGAGGCACAGCGCCUGCGGGAGGCACAGGAGGAGGAGAUUCUCUUGGACGACUUCAGAUGCUGAACGUGACUCCUCAUCAUCACCAGCAUUCACAUAUUCACUCUCACCUUCAUCUGCACCAGCAGGACACAGAUCGAAUAUGACCCACAAACCUGUAAGCAGGAAAAAACAGAUAGAUUCCGAUAUUCUACGAUUGCUUUCAGGCCUCAUUCAUAUGUGGAAAUAAAUCUGAUACAAAUCGGAUAUGCAUUCAUGUCCGCAAUGUAAGCAGACAGAUUGGAGUUUCCCAUCUCAAGACAUGUCAUGCGGCAUUGAAAAUGCGAGGCUGGCAAAUGACGAAUCAACUCGGGUGGACACUACCCGCGAUCACAUGACUCUUCUUAGCAUCGCAAUGGAGGAUGACGGCUCCACUUAGUGCUGUAAUGUUGAAGUUUUAUGUCUUGUUACAGAAAUAAAGCUAUAUACUCUUGUAUAAUUUUUUGUCUGUGUCCAUUGCAUAUCGUGACAUUUAACUUCCUCUGUGGUUUAAACUGUUCCGGGUUAGUAUGUCCACCUUGAAUUGUUUUGCCAAGUGUUUAGUGUAAAUGCAGAAAUCAGCUACAAGUCGCUUUUAAAAGAUGAUGCAAGAAAAAAAAUCAUAUACAGGCAUAAAAAUUUGCCGUGUAAAUCUAGCCCAAGCGAUUCACAAGUUUAUGUAUGUAUGCAAGUAAAUUUGGUACGUACGAAGCUACACGAAAUCAACUACUCUGUGAGUUUCCCCGAAAGACUAGUCAACUAGUUAUGCUGGUUUAAAAACAACUAGAAAGACCGUAACAAAACUUUAUAGAAUGCACUAUAUUUAACUUGACACAGUGUCUUAAAAAUGCAACAUUUGCUGUCCAGUUUCUCAUUUUAUUUGACAUUUACUUAUUUCCAAAUCUGUUUGGUUGUUGACAUUAGGCCACAGUUUGUGGAAAGAGUCAUCUUCCUCUGGCUGUUGUCGUAUACAGAACAAUUGAUUAUUCAACUUUUGAGCAAAGCAUUGCACAAUGGUCAACUAAAUGGAUGCAACCCUCUUAUUGUUUUGAGAGAAUUUUUACCUCAUAUGUAGUGGAAAUUCCCUAGCUGUAGUAAAGUUAUUUUUCUUCAUAUACUGUAAUAAAUGUUUCAACAACUCUAAAUAUGAUAUCAGCUGUUCUUCCACAUGUGACCUAGCUUAGUCUUUUUUUGUGAUUUACUGUUUCUACGUUAAAUCAUCCUACAUGGCAAGAACAUUCUGUAAAAAAAUUGUUUAUAUCUUUAAUAUUCACUCACAAAGGCCAUGUGAAAGAUUGAAAUCAAUAUUUAGGAACCCAACGCCCUGAACAUGAUACUCAUAAUAUGUUCACACAUAGAUUUCUACCCAGUCAGCAUCAUAAACAAUGGCAACGCCGCAAAGGCUAGCAUGUUUGUGAACACAGUGCCAACGGCAAACUGUGCUACUCUUAUUAAAUUUCCCA